CUGGCGCGCCUGGCCUCUCCGGCAUGCGGGCGGGCGGCAGUCGCGGCGGCGUCGCGGUGGAGGACAGCACGAUGGGUUCGCGGGCCGGGAAAGGCGGCUCCCCGAACGGCGAGUGCCGGCGGGGCGGCGGGGGAGCCGAGCCCGCGCCCCCCAAGGUCUCCUUCUCCUGCGACGGAGGGGGCGGCGGGGGCUCGGGCUCGUCCCCGAAGGCGGGCGAGGAUGCCGGGCCCGGGGCCUGCGAGGAGGGUGGCGAGCCCCGCGGAAGCGGCACCAACCAAGGGCCCACCUUCAUGCAGCGCCAGUUCAGCGCCAUGCUCCAGCCCGGCGUCAACAAGUUCUCGCUGCGGAUGUUCGGCUCCCAGAAGGCCGUCGAGCGCGAGCAGGAGCGCGUCAAGUCCGCCGGCGCCUGGAUCAUCCACCCCUACAGCGACUUCAGGUUCUACUGGGACUUCACCAUGCUGCUCUUCAUGGUGGGCAACCUCAUCAUCAUCCCAGUGGGCAUCACUUUCUUCAAAGAUGAAACAACAGCACCCUGGAUUAUCUUCAAUGUGAUUUCUGACACAUUUUUCCUGACAGACCUGGUCAUGAAUUUCCGGACGGGCAUUGUCAUUGAGGAUAAUACUGACAUCAUUCUGGAUCCCGAGCGGAUCAAGAAGAAGUAUCUGAAGACCUGGUUUGUGGUGGACUUUGUCUCCUCCAUCCCUGUGGAUUAUAUCUUCCUCAUUGUGGAGAAGGGCAUGGAUUCGGAGGUCUACAAGACAGCCCGAGCAUUGCGCAUUGUCCGUUUCACCAAGAUCCUCAGUCUCUUGCGUUUGCUUCGGCUUUCACGGCUCAUCCGCUACAUCCAUCAGUGGGAAGAGAUAUUUCACAUGACCUACGACCUAGCUAGCGCUGUGAUGCGGAUCAUUAACCUCAUUGGGAUGAUGUUGCUCCUGUGCCAUUGGGAUGGCUGCCUGCAAUUCCUGGUGCCGAUGCUACAGGAAUUCCCCAGUGACUGUUGGGUAUCCAUCAACGGCAUGGUGAAUGAUUCCUGGAGCGAGCUAUACUCCUUUGCUCUCUUCAAGUCCAUGAGUCACAUGCUGUGCAUUGGCUAUGGGCGCCAGGCACCAGAGAGUAUGACUGACAUCUGGCUGACCAUGCUGAGCAUGAUUGUGGGGGCCACCUGCUACGCCAUGUUUAUUGGCCACGCCACAGCCCUGAUCCAGUCUCUGGACUCCUCCCGGCGCCAGUAUCAGGAGAAGUAUAAGCAAGUGGAACAGUACAUGUCCUUCCACAAGCUGCCGGCUGACUUUCGGCAGAAGAUCCAUGACUACUAUGAGCAUCGGUACCAGGGGAAGAUGUUUGAUGAGGACAGCAUCCUGGAGGAGCUCAAUGAACCCCUGCGAGAGGAGAUUGUCAAUUUCAACUGCCGGAAGCUGGUGGCCUCCAUGCCCCUCUUUGCCAAUGCUGACCCCAAUUUUGUGACUGCCAUGCUCACCAAGUUGAAGUUUGAGGUCUUCCAGCCAGGCGACUACAUCAUCCGUGAAGGGACCAUCGGCAAGAAGAUGUACUUCAUUCAACACGGGGUGGUGAGCGUCCUCACAAAAGGCAACAAAGAGAUGAAGCUGUCAGACGGCUCCUAUUUUGGAGAGAUCUGCUUGCUGACGAGAGGCCGGAGGACUGCGAGUGUCCGUGCUGACACCUACUGCCGCCUCUACUCCCUCUCAGUGGAUAACUUCAAUGAAGUCCUGGAGGAAUAUCCCAUGAUGAGGCGGGCUUUUGAAACAGUUGCCAUCGAUCGCCUCGACCGCAUAGGUAAGAAGAACUCCAUCCUGCUGCACAAGGUCCAGCAUGACCUCAACUCGGGUGUCUUCAACAACCAGGAGAACGAGAUCAUCCAGGAGAUCGUCAAGUAUGACCGGGAAAUGGUGCAGCAGGCUGAGCUGCAGCAGCACGUGGCCAUGUACGCCCCACCCCAGCCCCAACCCCAGGUGACCUCGGCCAUCGCCACCCUUCAGCAGGCCGUAGCCAUGAGCUUCUGCCCGCAGAUGGCCAGCCCGCUGGUUGGCCCCAUGGGUCUCGGCUCACCCCGCAUGGCCCGCCGGCUGCAGUACCAGGGAGGCAUUGCCGGGCCCUUUGCCAUUUCCCCAGCUUUGCUCCAGCAGCAUCGCCACCAACAGCAGCAGCUGAACUUGCAGCAGCAACACCAACAGCAACAGCAGCAGCAGAACAUCCUGCAACUGCAGUCACAAAACAUCCAGCCGCAGCAGCCAAACAUGGCGCCACAGCAGCCUCCGCAGCCUCUGCCGGCCUCCGCAGCCAGCCCUCUCCCCUCCUCCUCGGUGCCCAGCCCGCCCUCCCAAAGUCCCUGCGCCAGCCGGACGUUCCCCUACGAGGGCAGCCCCAAAGGCCAGUCGGGCUCCCAGCUCUCGCUGGCACAGCAGAAGCCCCCCGGCUCCCCGCAGCGCCUGGCGGCCCACAAGAGCACACAGGCCCUGCACACCAGCAGUCUGAGUCAAGAGAGCCGCCCGCUCUCAGCCUCCCAGCCCUCCCUCCCGCARGGCAUCUCUCAGACCAUGAGCCAGAGCCCCCCUUCCUCAGCUCACGAUUCCACCACUUCCAUCCCGGCGGCGGCAGCAGCAGGGACUGGGGGGGCCUCUCCUGCUUCGCCUGCCUCCUCAACGCAGAGCUCUAGCGGCACACCUCAAGCCACGCCACGGGGAGCUGCCCCACCACCCUCCCGCGUGGGCCUGCCCCACCAGAUGCCGGCUGCUGCGGCAGUAGGGUACCCACCGGGGGCUGUGUCUAGCCCCACCGCUGCCUCCUCAGGCCUCCCACAGGACUCAGGUUGUGCCCGCAAGGAUUCCAAAGUUAGCGCACCCGACACGGACCCAGCAAAAUCGAAGCUCCCUUCCAACUUGUGACCUUUGGCCUCAGUGGCAGGGAGGUGGGAAAGGUUGUGUAGGGAGGUCAGAAGGGGCACCGCCCUGCUGGCCGCUCCCCACCACAUGGCAGAUUGAGCCGGCAGCAGGGCUGUGCUGCAGAAAUCCAUCGUGGCUCCUUUUCUCUCAUGCUGACCAUUGCUCGCUCUGCAAAAUCGGGAAAGCGAAAAAGGUGGGGACGUUCUGGGCCUGUCUCUUUGUAUCUGCUGCUUUAUCAGUUGGGGGUCCCAAGGGGCUGUGGGGCCAGGAAGCUUGACGCCACAGGAAGGGGAGMGUUCUUUGGAMGACUGGUCUUCCCCAUUUGGGGGGCAGGAAGAGCCGCCGGUCCCCUUGUAGCUCCUGACCAAAGUUUGGCUCCCAUCGUCCCCUGCGGUCAUCUCCAUCCCGCCUCUCACCCRGCUGUGACCGUAUCACAGAAAGCCAUAACCUAGUUUAUCGCGCAACUUAAUCCAAUGUGUGUAAAAUAAUAUACAUAUCUAUAUAUAUAUGAAUAUACAUAUCUAAAGAGAAAUAACAAUAUAGAUAUCUAUAUGAGGUAAACCAUAUGUGCAGCGCCUUAUACCGCCCCUGCUCUGUUCGGAGCCUGGAAGGAAGGGGAUUCGGGGAGAGGGGAAUCUGGGAGUGUGAUGGCCGAAUGGUUGUGUUCAGGACGGAGAGUUUCCUCGAAAGGCAUUGCUGCUUUUCAACCUCAUUUUCCCUUGGAAACAAGGAAAUGUUCCCCCUUUCCCUCUGAAAACAUAAGAAAUCUCUUCCUGUGGGGUGGCCAUAUUGGGGAGCAGUGUUGAAAGAAAUGGUUACUCUUCCAGUAGUCUUCAGUGAAGAAUAAGUCAUAUUUUUGCCUUCCAUUAGUAGCCUUUCCUUCCCUUUUGCUCCUCCUCUGCCCCCUUCCUUCCUCCUUCCUUCCUUCCCCAUCUGGUGCCUUCUUCUGCAAAACCCAAUGCUGAUUUGUAGAGCUCUCAGCCACAUGAUGUGGUUCUUCUGCUUGCUUGCUUAAUCGAUUCAGGGUGGGCAUUGUUUGUUUUUGGUGGUGGUCCUUAUACCUGGCAUUUUUACUUCAAUGCUCUGACAGUGAAAAAAAUGCUUCCUAAAGGCUUUUCCAAGAAUGCCUUAUUUGUUGUUUAGGGCUUUACAAGCGAAAACUUAAGUCUGGUUGAGGAGGAGCGGAAAAGCAUCUGGUCUUUUCAAAUUCCAAGAAAAGAAAGACCAGGAAUGUUUAGCUGUAACAGCUGUAAGAGUCUUGGAGGAGGGUGGAUUCUCCUCCUUUGGAGGACUUGUUGGUUGGAUAGGCAUCUUCCAGGAGGGCGUUAGUCGUGAAUUCUUGUGUGGUGGUGUCUAGGACUAGAUGGCCUUUCUGGGCCUUUCUGUGCUGUCGGUUCUGCCCUUAGCCUUUUUGCCACUAGAUGGUACCCCCACAAGAGACAUUUAUCUGGAAUUGGACAUGAUUUUGGUUUUGGACAGCUGUCUCCAAACCUGUGCCAACAGCUAGCGAACAGGACGCUUCUUGGUCUUCGCAGUUGUUAUUACAGUAGAGUCUUGCUUAUCCAACAUAAAUGGUCCAGCAGAACGUUGGAUAAGUGAAAAUGUUGAAUAAUAAGGAGGGAUUAAGGGAAAGCCUAUUAAACAUCGAAUUACGUUAUGAUUUUACAAAUUAAGCACCAAAACAUCAUGUUUUAUAAACAAAUUGACAGAAAAAGCAGUUCCAAACAUGGUAAUGUUAUAUAGUAAUUCUGUAUUUACAAAAUUAGCACCAAAACAUUGCAGUGUAUUGAAAUAGCUUUGGAUCCGGGCGGGAGGCCUACUGCGUUGGAUAAUACAGUACGCUGGAUGGGCGAAGGUUGGAUAAGCGAGACUCUACUGUAUUAUUAUUAGUGAAGAUUACAGAGAUUUCUUCUUGCCAGAACUUUCAAAAUUACUUUUUAAAAGCUGUUUUUUUCAAAAGAGACCCAUUGCUUUUACUAAAAAGUACUGUGUUUUGCCUCUAGUUACUUUUUGUUAUGUUUGGCUGCCUUAAAAAGAAAAGAAAAAACAAGGAUUGAAAGAAAUUUUAUUUAUUUAUUUAUUUAUUUAUUUAUUUAUUUAUGUAAACAUUUCUGCCAUAACACCCCUGAAUUGUCCUUUAAAAUAUGUUGAAGGCGACAACUGUGGCUUGUUAUCGCAACAAAGUAACUUUAGGUACUAAAAUUGUUUUGAAAUGCAACUUUGCUUCUGCCCGCUUGACACAUUUCCUUCCUAGUUCUGGCCUUUGGCUCAGUUGGGUUUGUGUUGCCUAAAAGAAGACACUUUUGCACUGGCGACUGUGUUGAAGAAUAGGCAGGAACUCUUUGAAUCUCUCUUCUCCUUUUCCGAAGCAAAAGCAGUUGCUAAAUGUGAAAAUAUUCCCGAAAUCGCACCAUCUUAGCUUUCUCCUUAGGCUGCUUCUGGAGAACAGCCACCCUUUCGGGGGACUUGGAGAACAAUUUGUAGAGACUCUUGGGGUGCCAUUUGGUUGAAAGAGGAGCCUGUGGGUGGAUUUCCAGAUACUUUAAAGUCUUCCUACAUUAACUUUACAGAAGACAGGCUCAGCUGUGGAUCUUCUGGCACUUUAAAUUCCAUCAGCCGUAGGUGACACAGGCAGUAGUCAGUGUCAGGGAUAAUGGGAACUGUGAUCAGGUAGUACCUGGAGUGCACAGGUUCCUCUUUAAGAUUUUGUUUAUGCCAUUUACUCCUCUAAAACGGUAGAGUGUGCCAAUCUUUCUUGUUUCUUCCUAAAACUGCCCUGUGAGGUAGGUUGGUCUGAGACAUGGAAAGGUGGAUUUUGAAUAGUCCUCUUCUUGGCAAAACCUGAACCAUGCUGUGGCUUUUCUAUGAGGCCUUGUGUGCCAAUAUUGGCCAGGAAAGACUUUGAAGAAGAGGGGAGCGCAAGCAUGUGCAGUUGAGUCAUCUCCGCCCACCUGCCUCCGUCCUUCCUCCUUCACGACUCAAGCGGAGAGGAGGAGAGUCGGCCUCGAUAUAGAACUGGCCCCCGAGAGUCUCCCACCCGUGGUGGCAGUCUUCCCAAAAGUCUCCCUGCCGCAGUUGCGUUGCUUGCACAUUGCUGUGGCCUUGUUCCUACACCUUGCUCUAUGAGCCCCAUGGUGUACGCAUUUUGGGUCUGCGACCACGUUCUUCACCUCUUUUGAGGCAGUGUGUAUGUGGCUCUUGUUUGUGCAUGGACGUGAUGUGGCACCAGGGAUACCCAAAGAGCCCUGAUCUGCAUCCAAAGUAUUUUUCUCAUCACCGCACCUGAUAGGGCUCUUUGAGUUGCCAUCAGAAUAGACUGCAUCCACAGGAGUGUAGUGACUAGAUCAGGGGUUCUCAAACAUUUUAAGCCAAGAGCCAGUUCACAGUCCCCCAGACCAUUAAGGGGCAUGACUAUAGUUUGAAAAAAAAGGAUGAAUUCCUAUGCACACUGCACAUAUUUUAUGUGUAGUGCAAAAGAGAUACAAUAUUCAAAAGGAAGAACCACUUUUACCAACAUAAACUUACCAGUAUUUCAAUUGGAGGUAUGGGCCUGCUUUUGGCUGAUGAAGUAGUCAAGUUAAUGAGGAUUGUUAUUGUGUGCCUUCAAGUUGUUUCAGGGCAGGGGCCGGAUAAGUGAUCUUGAAGAGCCUCAUCCAGCCUGCGGACCAUGGUUUGGGGACCCUUGCUCUAGACCAGUGGGAAGACAUAGUCCCACUCUGUUCUGCUUUCAUCAGGCCUUACCUGGAAUAAUCUUGUGUCCAAUUCUGGGGGAAAGAAAUUCAAGGAUACAAGAUGGAAGGUGUCCAAAGAAUGGUUACAGGUCUGAAAACCAAGAAUGCCUCUGAGGAGCAUCAGCAGGAGCUGGGGAGGUUUAGUUUGGAAAUAGAAGGUUUAGAGGGGCCAUGAAAGGGUGUCAUAUUGAAAUGGGGCUGAUCCAAACACAAGGUACAGCUCUCCCGAGACCCAGUUUGCCUCAUCUCAGCAAAGUCUGGUUUCCAAGAGAGUAUCCCUGCCUCCCUGUCAUCUUCCUUACCAUGCAUUUGUGAUCCGGCAAGGGAAAAUAGGGAUAUGCAGGUUAUCCGUGUGCUUCUGUAUCCAUUCCAUUUGCUUGAAAUAUAUGUGCGGUUGGACAGGUUGGUCCAACUACAUUCCUUGAAACUCAGGUGUGUUUAAUUUUGAGGAGUUGAUGUGUAUUUGGGCAGAUUCUUGCCUGGUUCUUUCCAGCUGGUUUACCGGACAGGCUUAGAAUGAGCCACCAGAAAUGGCAGACGAUCAGAGAUGCUCCUCGGCUAUUAAAAUAAAAAUGGAAUGAACGCUGCAUUUAAAAGGCACCCGAGAGUUUUCAAAGGGCAAAAUUGGUGAGGUACUGCCAUGAAAAUCAUGGGGCUCAUGUGUUUUUUUCCCACAGUGGGCAAAGAGAAUGCCAUACAGGUGAUUUAUAUUAGAACGGGGGGGCACUUAACGAACACGUGGGAGAAAGUGCAGCAAAUGCUCUUUUACAAACACUGUGUGUGUCUCUGUGAUUUUGGCUCUGACUAUAGAGUGCAAACCUCCAUUGAAAACUGCGAAACUUACAUCCAAUAGCAUUCGUAGGAUCGCAUGGCAUAUUUUGAAUUUCUCCAGGGAUUGGGUUUCGAACCUUGCUUCCAAGUCCCCGUCUUCCCGUUUGGUUAUUCUGGCUCUUCAGACUUGGAAGAGGAAAGGCUCCAUUCACCCUCGGGGCACCUUUGUGUCCGGUUGCUUCUGUGUCUUUCCAGUCUGCGGGGGGGGGGGGGGGGGGGGGG